AUGUCACUGCGCACAUAUUUACUGCUGGCAGCUGUUACAGUCUGCUGCUUCUCAACUCUGCUUGCCAUCUCAAUGGAAGGCUUUACUCCCAAUAACAAGUGUCACUGUCUGAUCACCACUGAUCACUUCAUUCCACCUCAGUUUUUCAAGAGGAUUGAGAUCCUGCCUCCAGGAGCACACUGCCGCAAAACAGAGAUCCUAAUCACCAAAAAGGACAACAAAACCGUUUGUGUUGACCCCAAAGCAAAAUGGAUCAACAAUGUCGUCUCUAAAGUGAUGAAGAGCAAAAGAGCUGUAAAGGAAACUACUGUACCCACCGUGGCAUAA